AUCAAAAGUUCUACGCGUGGACAGUCGGGGUCGUCGAUCCAUUCAUCCAAAUUAGAGAGAAAGUCUAUGAUCGUCCAUAUAAAACCAUCGAAUCAUUAUUAAUGGAAAGAUCAUUUUAUCAAUGUUUAAGGGUACAGCCGUAAUUUCAAUAGUCCUCAUCUACUCUUUCUUCCCCUGCCUUUUUUCCCGCGAUCACCGCGUUUCUUUGUACUCGUUCCCUUUCCUCGUUAAACCUCAUUUUGAAAACCUCUGUUUCGUUUUGCUGUUAACUGACUGAGUUACGGAUCUAGCUUACCACUAGCAAGCGGAAAUAUCCUACUCCGGCUGAGUCGUAGCCCACACGUUUAUACUGUUGAAUGAUAAAUCUAGGGUUCGGAUUGCUCUGAUUUGGUGUGAGUGUAAUGGCUAGGGUUUAUGAUAACUGGGAGAGGUUGGUGCGAGCCACCUUGAACAGGGAGCAACUGAGAACUGCUGGCCAAGGUCAUGAGAGAAUUCCAACUGGCAUUGCUGGAGCUGUACCACCUUCGCUCGUCCGUACAACCAACAUUGAUGCCAUCUUACAAGCAGCCGAUGAGGUUCAGGAUGAGGACCCCGUCGUCGCCAGAAUACUGUGCGAGCAGGCAUAUUCUAUGGCACAAAACUUGGACCCAAAUAGUGAUGGUCGUGGUGUUCUCCAAUUCAAGACUGGCUUGAUGUCUGUAAUUAAGCAAAAACUUGCCAAAAGGGAUGGUGCCCAAAUAGAUCGCAGUCAUGACAUUGAACACUUAUGGGAGUUUUACCAACGCUACAAGAGACUGCAUAGAGUGGAUGAUAUGCAAAGAGAGGAGCAAAAGUGGCGGGAGUCUGGAACUUUUUCCUCUGCUAAUCUUGGAGAGUUGGAACUGAGAUCUCGGGAGAUGAAAAAGGUAUUUGCUACCUUGAGGGCCUUAGUGGAGGUCAUGGAGGCACUUAGCAAAGAUGCAGAUCCUGAUGGUGUUGGAAGACUUAUUAUGGAGGAGUUGCGAAGAAUUAAAAAAGUUGGGGAAGACAUACCGUAUAAUAUUGUCCCUUUGGAAGCACCAUCAUUGACCAAUGCUAUUGGAAUUUUCCCUGAAGUUAGAGGUGCCAUAUCUGCCAUUAAAUACACAGAGCAUUUCCCCAGACUUCCUGCUGAUUUUGAGAUUUCUGGAGAUCGGGAUGCAGACUUGUUUGAUCUUCUGGAGCAUGUGUUUGGGUUUCAGAAGGACAAUGUAAGGAAUCAGCGUGAAAAUGUUAUUCUUACUAUCGCAAAUGCACAGUCCCGACUUGGCAUACCUGUUCAAGCUGAUCCUAAAAUUGAUGAGAAGGCAAUCAACGAUGUUUUUUUCAAGGUGCUGGAUAACUACAUCAAAUGGUGCAGAUAUUUGCGUACACGACUUGUAUGGAAUAGCAUUGAAGCUAUUAAUAGGGACAGGAAACUUUUUCUGGUUUCACUAUACUUUCUCAUAUGGGGUGAAGCUGCUAAUAUCCGUUUUCUCCCUGAAUGCAUUUGCUAUAUAUUUCACCAUAUGGCAAAGGAGUUGGAUGCAAUAUUGGAUCAUGGAGAAGCUUAUCACGCAGCAAGUUGCACAACUGAUAGUGGUUCUGUCUCAUUUCUUUCGCAAAUUAUUUGUCCCAUAUAUGACAUAAUGGCAAGGGAAGCGGCAAGGAACAAUGGUGGAAAAGCUGCACAUUCAUCAUGGAGGAAUUAUGAUGACUUCAAUGAAUACUUCUGGUCACCUGCUUGCUUUGAUUUGGACUGGCCUAUGAGGAAGGAUUCAUCUUUUUUGCUUAAGCCAAAAAAGAGGAAAAGGACUGGUAAAAGCACUUUUGUUGAACAUCGUACAUUUUUUCACUUAUAUCGAAGUUUCCACCGGCUCUGGAUCUUUUUGACUUUGAUGUUCCAGGCUUUGACGAUCAUAGCCUUCAACCAUGGGCAUAUUGAUUUGGAUACCUUUAAAUUUGUACUUAGCAUUGGGCCUUCAUUUGCCAUCAUGAACUUCAUAGAGAGUAGUUUAGACGUUGUGCUUAUGUUUGGGGCUUAUUCUACAGCAAGAGGCAUGGCUAUCUCAAGGCUUGUUAUUAGGUUCUUCUGGUGGGGCUUGAGCUCAGUGUUUGUAACAUAUGUCUACAUUAAGGUUCUGGAAGAGAGAAAUCAACAAGGCUCAAAUUCACCCUAUUUUCGGAUAUAUAUACUUGUGUUGGGUGUUUAUGCAGCCUUGCGCCUGUUUCUUGCACUUUUGCUUAAGUUUCCAGCAUGCCAUACUUUAUCAGAUAUAUCUGAUCAAUCUUUCUUUCAAUUUUUCAAAUGGAUUUAUCAGGAACGAUAUUUUGUUGGGCGUGGUCUCUUUGAGAAAAUAAGUGAUUAUUGCAGGUAUGUCCUGUUUUGGUUGGUGGUUCUUGCAUGCAAAUUCACAUUUGCUUACUUCCUCCAGAUUAGACCACUUGUUAACCCAACUAAUAUCAUCAUAAAUCUCCGAACUGUGGAAUACUCAUGGCAUGAUUUGAUUUCAAAGAAUAAUAAUCAUACCUUGACUGUUGUUAGCUUGUGGGCUCCUGUUGUUGCUAUUUAUAUCAUGGACAUCCAUAUAUGGUACACUGUCUUAUCAGCAAUUGUGGGGGGCAUAAUGGGUGCACGUGGUCGUUUAGGCGAGAUACGUUCACUUGAUAUGGUGCAUAGACGUUUUGAGAGCUUCCCUGAGGCCUUUGUCAAGAAUCUCGUCUCCCCUCAAGCAAAAAGGAUGCCAUUCAACCGACAAGCAUCUCAGGAAUCUCAAGAUACAAACAAAGAGGACGCAGCAAUGUUUGCUCCUUUCUGGAAUGAGAUAAUCAAAAGCUUGCGUGAGGAAGAUUAUAUUAGUAAUAGGGAGAUGGACUUGCUUUCUAUUCCAAGCAAUACAGGAAGUCUAAGAUUAGUUCAAUGGCCUUUGUUUCUUCUGAGUAGUAAGAUCUUGCUUGCAAUUGAUUUGGCUUUGGACUGCAAAGAUACGCAGGCAGAUCUUUGGAACAGAAUAUGUAGGGAUGAGUACAUGGAAUAUGCAGUUCAGGAGUGCUACUACAGUGUUGAAAAAAUUUUACAUUCUCUUGUUGAUGGUGAAGGGAGGCUCUGGGUUGAAAGAAUCUUUCGUGAAAUCAACAAUAGUAUAUUGGAGGAGUCGCUUCUUGUAACUUUAUCACUUAAGAAGCUUCCCCUCGUCGUGCGAAGAUUUACUGCACUAACUGGACUCCUGAUACGUGACCAACCUGAACUAGCUAAAGGUGCUGCAAAUGCUUUAUAUCAGCUAUAUGAGGUUGUAACCCAUGAUCUGCUGUCAACUGAUCUAAGAGAGCAGCUUGAUACAUGGAACAUUUUAGCUAGAGCAAGAAAUGAAGGGCGCCUGUUUUCUACUAUACAAUGGCCAAGGGAUCCUGAAAUUAAAGAGCAAGUGAAACGGUUGCAUCUUCUCCUAACUGUAAAAGAUACUGCUGCCAAUAUUCCUAAGAAUCUUGAAGCCAGAAGAAGAUUGCAGUUUUUCACAAAUUCACUAUUUAUGGACAUGCCUGCAGCAAAACCUGUUUCUGAAAUCAUACCUUUUUGUGUCUUUACCCCAUAUUACAGCGAGACUGUACUUUAUAGUUACUCUGAGUUACAAGAUGAAAAUGAGGAUGGGAUAUCAAUUCUUUUCUAUCUUCAGAAAAUUUUCCCAGAUGAAUGGGGAAAUUUUCUGGAACGGAUUGGUAGAGGAGGAGAGUCUUCCGGGGAUGUUGAUUUUCAAAAAAAUUCUAGUGAUACUUUGGAGCUUCGCUUUUGGGCAUCAUAUCGAGGGCAGACUCUUGCUCGGACGGUGCGUGGUAUGAUGUAUUAUAGAAGAGCUUUGAUGUUGCAGAGUUAUCUGGAGAGGAGAUCAUUAGGAGUGGAUGAUCAUUCUCAAGCAGGCUUCUUUGCAACUCAAGGUUUUGAAUUAUCACGUGAAUCAAGGGCACAAGCUGACUUGAAAUUCACUUAUGUGGUUUCAUGCCAAAUUUAUGGGCAACAAAAGCAACGGAAGGAUAAAGAGGCUGCAGAUAUUGCUCUUUUAUUGCAGCGGAAUGAGGCACUUCGAGUUGCCUUCAUACAUGUGGAGGAGAGUGGUUCUGCUGAUGGAACGGUCUCAAAGGAAUUUUUCUCAAAGCUUGUUAAAGCUGAUAUACACGGAAAAGAUCAGGAAAUAUAUUCAAUCAAACUACCUGGAGAUCCAAAGCUUGGAGAAGGGAAGCCUGAGAACCAAAACCAUGCUAUAGUUUUUACUCGUGGAGAAGCUAUUCAAACUAUUGACAUGAAUCAGGACAACUACCUUGAGGAGGCAAUGAAAAUGAGAAAUCUUCUUCAGGAAUUUCAUGCAAAACAUGGCAUUCGACCUCCCACUAUUCUUGGUGUGAGAGAACAUGUUUUUACAGGAAGUGUUUCUUCUUUGGCCUGGUUUAUGUCCAAUCAAGAGACUAGCUUUGUGACCUUGGCUCAACGUGUGUUGGCAAACCCUCUCAAAGUCCGUAUGCAUUAUGGCCACCCGGAUGUUUUUGAUCGGGUAUUUCACAUAACUCGAGGUGGCAUUAGCAAGGCAUCACGAGUAAUUAACAUCAGUGAAGAUAUAUUUGCAGGGUUUAACUCCACAUUAAGGCAAGGGAAUAUUACUCACCAUGAAUACAUUCAGGUUGGAAAGGGAAGAGAUGUUGGAUUGAACCAGAUUGCCCUUUUCGAAGGGAAAGUAGCUGGAGGAAAUGGAGAGCAAGUCCUAAGCAGGGAUGUGUAUAGGCUUGGACAACUUUUUGAUUUCUUCAGAAUGCUCUCUUUUUACUUCACAACUGUUGGAUAUUAUGUUUGCACAAUGAUGACAGUUUUGACGGUAUACAUAUUCCUGUAUGGGAGGGUUUACCUGGCUUUCUCUGGACUUGAUAGUGCAAUUUCAACGGAAGCAAAGCUGUUAGGUAACACUGCUUUUGAAGCUGUUCUGAAUGCACAAUUCUUGGUCCAAAUUGGAGUUUUUACUGCAGUCCCCAUGAUAAUGGGUUUUAUACUUGAACUGGGAUUGCUGAAGGCUGUUUUUAGCUUUGUUACUAUGCAACUUCAGUUGUGUUCAGUCUUCUUCACAUUUUCUUUGGGAACAAGAACUCAUUAUUUUGGACGCACUAUCCUCCAUGGAGGUGCAAAGUAUAGAGCAACUGGUAGAGGCUUCGUAGUUCGUCAUAUCAAAUUUGCUGAAAAUUACAGGCUUUACUCGAGAAGUCAUUUUGUUAAAGCGCUUGAAGUGGCACUGCUUCUUAUAGUUUACAUUGCAUAUGGAUACACGGAUGGGGGUGCCACAUCCUUUAUUUUGUUGACCCUUAGCAGUUGGUUUCUUGUCAUCUCAUGGCUUUUUGCUCCAUACAUAUUCAAUCCUUCAGGUUUUGAGUGGCAAAAGACGGUUGAGGAUUUUGAUAAUUGGACCAGCUGGCUUAUGUAUAAAGGUGGUGUAGGGGUGAAAGGCGAUGAUAGCUGGGAAUCAUGGUGGAACGAAGAGCAGAUGCAUAUCCAAACUAUAAGAGGUCGGAUAUUAGAAACCAUAUUGAGCUUGCGGUUUCUCAUGUUUCAAUAUGGCAUUGUGUAUAAACUCCAUCUCACAGGAAAGGACACAUCUCUUACGAUUUAUGGCUUCUCCUGGAUCGUAUUGAUUUUCAUCGUCAUGAUAUUUAAGAUAUUUACAUAUAGUCCUAAAAAAUCGAAGGGCGUGUUUGAGGAAUGCAUCGACUUCAAGCUAUUCAUGCGAUUCAUACAAGGGGUUACAUCUAUAGGACUUGUUGCAGCCCUUUGUCUUGUUGUUGCAUUCACAGAUCUAACAAUUGCAGACCUUUUUGCGAGCCUACUGGCUUUUAUUCCUACUGGAUGGGCAAUCUUAUCGUUGGCUGUCACUUGGAAAAGGGUGGUUUGGAGUUUAGGCUUGUGGGAUUCAGUGCGGGAAUUUGCCAGAUUGUAUGAUGCCGGGAUGGGUAUGAUUAUUUUUGCUCCCAUCGCAUUCUUAUCAUGGUUUCCAUUCAUCUCUACCUUCCAGUCUCGCCUUCUCUUUAACCAAGCAUUUAGCCGGGGACUGGAGAUCUCUCUCAUCCUUGCUGGAAACAAAGCUAAUGUUGAUGUCUGAUUCAAUGCCUAACUAAUUGGAUGGUCUACUUGUGAGGUUUACAGGUUUUACUUGUAAUAACUUUUGUGGUAAUAAUGUAUUCCUUCUUAAUAGAAUUCAAAUAGCUGUGUAAAAAUGUAGCAGUACAACUAAUAAUUUUUCCUCCUUGUUCAAGGCUUUGAAGCCUGGUGGCUUGCAUUUGAGUAGUGAACUUGGUCACAAGUGAGGCGGUUUUGUUUCAUUGCUUUAA